GUCAGAUUCCCGAACUGUACCGUCGCUACAACCUGCAGUUUAAAGGUUUUAAGGUAUAUAGGUCAAGUAGUACGAACUCUAAAGCACAAGAUAAGCAUGUCAAGCUUGAGUGAGAGGUCAGUCAUGCACAUUUUUGGUGUGACGGGGAUGGUUAUAAUGACAUUGAUGCCCAUGAUAGCAACAGAAUCAUCGUCACCGUCGUCGCCGUUAUCAUCAUCAUCACCAGCAUCUGAUCUUCUCUUCCACCCGGUUGAGAGCAAGAAGCACCAGGGAUCAGGUGAUAAGGAAAUUAGGGAAAUUAGCUACCUGCAGCAGGAUCAUCGUCAGAAAGUCAUCAUCGAAGAGGAUUACGGUGUUUGGAAUCCCACCCCGAGACCAGGAGACGGCGGAGGGCGUGCUUCCCCCGUUCCCCAUGCAAAAGACAGUCGCCACUUCUCUUCCAAAAUCAUUUCCGGACUGAUUACCCAUUUGCCCGCCCGAAGACGACGUCGUCGACCUAACCAUGCAGGCCGAUUCCAUUGAACAACAGUACUGCUGCCAACUCUCUUCCAGAAAUCCGCUGGCGUUUGCUUCAUCGUAAUCGUAAUUCUUUUAAAUAAUCUUAAACCUUUCUAUGAUUAUUAUGCAAAUGAUCUUUUUUUUUUAAUAAUAAAUUUCGAAUAAGAUAAAGAAUCAUGUACAAAGUUUUUAAUUACAAAGAUUUUAUG